UACUCUCCAUUAACAUCACUCACCCACUCUCUUUUCUUCACUUCUUCUUCUUCUUCUUCUUCUUCCUGGCCUUCCUCUCUCUCAACCAAGAUGGCUACCAACUUAAUCCCAAUUCUCUCCUUCCUCUUCUUCACUUCCAUUCUGUCCAUGGCCAUGUCCGACGACACGUGCCCUUAUCCGUGUUAUCCUCCACCUACCGGCACAGGAACAACCACCACACCUCCGGCGUCUCAGACAGGAUCACUCCCACCUCCUGGAAACUACCCAACGCCGACAGGGAAUUUCCCCUAUUAUCCUUCACCACCUUCUGGUAAUAACAACUACUAUGGCCAUCCACCCCCUGACCCUAUCCUGCCUUAUUUCCCAUUUUACUACAGAAAGCCUCCUCAUCAGACUGAUGUGUCAUCUGCGAGCACUAUUGUUCUACGGUCAAGUCUUGUGGUUGCCACGUCUUUCACUCUUCUUUUGGGCUUUUCUUCGAUAUUUUAAGUGAGAAAAUUUUCAUGUUUAACAAUGGAUUUAAUUAUAGGUUUAGUUAUUAGAACUUAAUUAUGUAUUAUGAGUGUUUUGUUUAGCUUGAUUUUUAUGUGUUAUAUGUAGCUGUGGGAAAGGUUCAGCAACUGCCAUAGAACUGAUCUUCUUGUUAAUCUUUUUAUUAUUAUUGCCAUUUUUCCAGUUAAGCUGGUGAAAAAAUCUUAAUUGUCUUCAAUUACACUGUUAUGAAUGAAAUGGUACGUGUUUUUUCUUGA